ACGGCAACACAAACAUUUAUUUCCGUGGUCAAAGAGAUACGAUACAUAAUUCGCUGAAUUUAAUAUUUUCUAAUAAUUAUGAGACAUUUAAAUAUUAAUUUUAGCUAAACUGAUUCGAAAAAUAACAAACACAAGAGAUGCUACAUGCCGGGCGCUCAAUCGGUAAUUAAGCCGGCGUCGGCGGGCGAAUUCUCAGCUUCCGACGAAGAAUCUCAACUUCAAGUUUACCUGGAGCAACAACUGGAGGAGGAUGUAGCCAGAAUAUUUGAUGAGUCUAUAUAUUCUGAUAUUGAGCUGGUGUGUGGAAAAUUAAAAAUACUAACACAUUCUUGUAUUCUUGAGACUCGCACACGUAAAUUUUAUCACGAACUUAAAAACAUAUUGCAUGUGAAUUUCGGACGCGAUUCAUAUGACGAAAUAUAUUCAUUCAUAAGUGACAUAUAUACUGAAUGUGAUAUACAAGAACAGGAAAAAGAAAUAAUAAGCUAUUUAAGCAAGCAAGUUACGAAACUAGAAUCACUGGCAGAUUGCGUGAAUAAAACGAAAAUAGACCUAGAGGAGGUUGCUGCGUUUGAAAUACCCGAUUGCAGUAUUAGUUCGUACCCUGAAAAAGCGAUAUCCGAAAUAACAGGCUCUAGUCCGAGUACUGAAUUGACAAAAGAAUACUAUGCGCUAGUGCCUAUAGCUGAUAAUUUAUUAGAAAAAGAACUUGACGAACAGGACGCUCUAUCGAAUGCUUUUAUAUCCAUAAAAAAAACUCAAAUUGAAGAUAAAAUCGAAAACAAAGCUUCUCAACCAGUAAAACCUACUUCUUUAUCGCUUUCUAGUCACAUUUCCAAAUCAGACAAACAUUCCGCUUCUUGUGAUAUCACUUGUCCAGUGACAGAUAAUGGAUUAAAAUUCGAAAAGAACCACACACAUAAUCCAAUAACACGCACUAGUCAAGAAACUAAAUCGAAUCAGUAUUUUAUAAAUAGCGAUCACCAUUGCAAGCAUUCAAUUUUUUAUGAGUCCACGAGUGAGAAAAUAUAUGAUAUAGCGUAUUCACCUGACAGUUUAAUAGCUGAUGAUCCAAGCAGUUCAUCUGAUUAUUUGUCUGCAACGUUUACCUGUUCUCCUGUGGCUAGCUGCACUGGCUGCCAUACGCACUUAAAUGUUUACGAUAGCAAUCCUAAAAUGGAUAACAUUAUUACAAUAUCAGAUUCCGGAAUGGAAAACACCGGUAUGCUGGAGAGUUUAAGCAGCCAUAAAGAUGUAACUUUAACGGACAUAUCGUUGACUGAAAGCACGUUGCAUGACUCCGUAGCUGAUGAAGCCAGUAACUCUAAUGAUUCUGCGCACAGUCCGUUGUUAGAAAGGCGAGAUUUUCUAAAACUACAGUGUCGUAAUGCACCCCAGUCAGCUUCGUCCAGUGGAAUUUCUACAGAUAAAGAAAGCUAUCAAACAACCAAGCCUAGUCAGUUUAAAGAACUAAUCAGCGGACGAUCAUCGAAAGAGGAGAAACAAAGACAGAACGAAGAAAUCGUUAUAUUAGAGUCAUCAUCAUUAUCGUCAGAGACUGGUUCAUGGGAAUCUGUUUUUCCACCGAAAGUGUCUGAAAAGAAACAAACUGGUAACUGCUCUAAAACUGAACACGAACUUCUCAGUGAAGAUGCAAAUACGGAAAAUCCAAUAAAUAAAUUUAGUACAGAUAUCCCCAGUGGUACACAAUAUUCAGGCUUAGCGCAGAAAUCUGUAAAGACAACAUCAUGUUUCAUAGACGCUGCGAGUUUAGUUGAAGAAGAAAGUGAUGCACCUCCCCCUGUAUGUACUAAAUCUCACGACCUGACAUUCGACACAACGGUGCCUCAGAGUCGUCCAGUUCCUUGCUCCACUAACAAAAUAGAUAUGAGCCCUAAUGAUUGGUCUGAAAGUAACGAUAACGAUGAUUCCUUAGAACAAACUGAACAAAAGGAUCUUGAUUCAAUCCAGAAAGAUUUGUCUCCGACCAUUUUCGAAAUGACUCCUAUAACCGAAGAUUCUUUAUGUACUAAAGCCUUUGUAGAACCAACGCAAGGCGAAGAAACAGUUGAUGAUAAACAGAGUAAUUUAGAUUCUAUUAGUAAGGAAACUAUUUGUCUGCAAGAAACCUUUAUGACUUCGACGCCUAAUAAUUCUAUUAUGUCCGUAAAAGAUUCUGGAUUCCAUGGGUACAGUGAAGAUGAAGCUCAAUGCAGUUCUAUUAAUAAAGAUUACGACGUUACGAAAAAAAUUAAAGCCCAUAAAUUUUUCGAAUACUCACCUAUAGUCUCGGGUGGCGCGUCCGUAGAAGAUUUCCCUCCACAAAUGCCUGGAAGUAAAACAGGUAGCCCAUCAACAAAACGCAAAAUAGAAAAUAUACCAAUUGUAUCAGGUGGUUACAUCCCAGAAAGAACAGAGGAAGUAAAUCAAGUUACAAGAAGUAAAGUAAAACUAUCGUCUUCGUCAGCUUGGGUGGUCGAUAUGUCCGGUGGAGCGAAAUUAAAUAGUGAAACAUCUAACGUUUCUCAAACAUCGAAGAGACCUAACGAAAAAACUUGUGAAAAUUUAAAGGUCGCCUUGAAUAGUAAUCUCGAGAAUUGCAAUAAAAGUCGAAGUUCAGUGGAUUCGGACAGUAGUGAAAAAUCCAGUCAUAAAUUUUAUAUAGAUUUGGCAAGUUUGCCUGAUCCUUUGCCAUGUAAAAAAAGCGAAGACACUGAUAGUCUAAACGAGAAAAAAAAUAUUUUCACAAUGUACAUAGAUAUAGGUGAAAAUGGAAAACUAAAAGAGAUGCCUCCUAGGCUAUCUUUAAAUACAAAGAAGAACGCCAGUACAUCGUCUAAUGGAAAAUGUGAAGUACAAUCUAAAUCUGUUGUAUCGGAAGAAAGCGACAAACAUAAACCAUUGUCAAACUUAUCGACCUUCGAAAAGUUAGAGUCGCUUUGUAACGACCCAAACAUCAGCAUACUAGAAAUAAUAAAGAUUCCAGAGAAGAAAUCUUCCGAUAUUUCUGAAGUCAAUGAUCUUCCAUCGAUUGAAAUAGUUAAAGAAGAUAAUUCCAAAAUAGAAACGUCCUCAUUACGUUCUAUAACGGCUACAAUUCAAGAGGAGGUCGUUUGUGGAGACGAAAUAAAUGAUUCAUCAGAUCUGUUCGUCAAACUAUCUGAUUUGGAUAAACCCGUAACAAGAAUGGACAUUGAUAUACCAGUUACGAAGAAAACACUAUCUGCUUCUGUAAGUGAAGAUAAGACGAGAGAUUCUCGAAUGACCAGAUCGAUUCCCGAUAACAAUUGGACCAAUCAAACACUCUCGGUUAAUUCAAGAUCUAUUGACAUAAUUAGUUCCUUUCAUUCCGAAAACGCUUUAAGUCUGAACCGAUUGUUUCCUCAUUUGAAGAAUGAAUUCAGUAGAAGCGUGCCUGUUUCGCUGUCGAGUCGGACGCGGUCUCCUUUGCGGCUAGGGACUCCAUCGAGCACCUUGGAGGCUCUCGAUCAAACAUCCGACACGUCCGAAGUCAGUAGCGUACAGAGUAGUAUGUGUCGUUCAGUCGUCGAGAACAGUACGACGGAGGAAAGCUGUCAAACUUCCAGUUUAAUAGGUAGCUGCCAGUCUCGGCUCGGUCAGGACUUGUUACGGAUGUUUCUAGAAGAGAUAGCGCCUGAUGUGGUAGUCGAGGUGUCCGGGAAAAGAAUCAAAGCACACAAAUGUAUUUUAUCAUCUAGAUGUCAAUUCUUUGCCGGAAUACUUAGUGGUGGAUGGGUUGAGAGCGCUGGAAACGUCAUAGCAUUGCCAUCCUUCUCAUACAAUGUGGUACAUUUCGCUAUGUGUCACAUAUACUCGGGCCUGUCGGCUAUACCAGACACGAUUAGCAUCCUGGAACUAGCCACCCUUGCGGACAUGCUGGGCCUCGAAGGACUCAAAGAAGCUAUAAUGUUUACUCUGAAAACUAAAUACUGUCAUCAUUUCCACAGGCCGUGUCCAGUGUGCGUUGCCGGAGUUCUAGAAUGUUUUCCACUAUCAUCGGCCUAUGGACUCGACGAUCUGUAUCGCAAGUGCUUGAGGUGGAUUACGAAGUACUUCAUCAAGGUCUGGCCGACGAAGGCCUUUGCUACGUUACCAUCGGAGUUGAUCGAGAAAUGCUAUCAACAGCACGUUGUAAAUUUGAGCACAGAUAAUCUCGUCGACACGGUUUAUGGUUGCAGCGCGAUAGUGGCUUCCUUGCAAAACAUAAGGUGGGCGGAGACGGUGGCUCGUUUGUGUCGUCGAUUAGUGAACGCGGCCGCUCAUUUCGCUGCUCCUCGACUAGUUGCGGUACUCCAAGACAUCGCCAAUAUGGCUCCGGACGCUCCACCGCCCGCGAAGCAAGCUCUGAUGGACUGCAUCGCCGCCGCUAUAGAAUGGGCGCCGCCGGACGAGGGAUGCCGCGCCUAUGCUCUUCUGUCUGAUUUGGUCCGAGACAUCAAACUGCACAGCUCGGGCUCGAACAAUCUCCUUCACAGCCACGCGGCCAAUUGGCGUAUGCAAUGUGAAGGCGCAUUAGUGCGAGCCGCUCCACGCGUCGUCGGUACUCAAGCCUUCCAAGACCUGCCCACGGACCUGCGCAGGAGAUUACGCGAACUCGGUUGUAUUAUGUACGGAACGCAGGCCAUACCCGUGACGACUUCACCGUACCACGAACGCAAGAGUCGGAGUACGUAUCACAACAAGGCCAGUAAGACGCAUAACACGAAGACGAGUCGCAGUUUAGAUAUUGAUCACGUCCGAGCAUCGUUCGUACCGUACGCUCCAAAACCGGCGACGCAUAUCAGUUCCGUCGAUAUACUGAAGAACGUUCCCGAUUUGAAAGAUGCGAAAAAAUUAACUACCCGCACCAAACCGCCGAAGGUGAGGACCACGAAGGCACAAGAGGAACGAGCCAAAUACAAUAUGACGAAAAAUAUUCAAUCGGUGAACCAGGUGAACGGUAAGACCGGACAUCCGCCGAUACGGACGUUCGAAAACACGAAACCGAGAUACCUAGAGCCGCGCCCGUGUAAAGAAAACGAUAAAAAAACGACAGCGCCGAACAAACUGGUCCCUAAAAUGGUAUCGUCCAGCGAAUCGUCCCGGAACUCUAGUCCGAUCCAAGUCAGGAAUCUACGCACAACUCGAAUGAAGACCCGACAGGGGCUCGAAGUUAAAACGCACGCGAUGUCGCAGGACAGCUUGGCGACCUCGUCACGACCGCGCACCGCCGAACCAUCCACAGACUCCCUGAGCGAGUCGCAAAAUAGCAACAAAUACGCCACCUACACCAAGAUUAAGCACUCCAAGGGAUCUAUUGAAUCUAUCAAAUCAAGAUGUCAUAAUGUUACGCAACCUACUAUUAACACGCAAUGCAAGAUAAAAACGAAAAUCCCCGUUUCGCUGAAUCAAAACUACAGGGCGAUUAACACUGAAAACAAGAGCGUUGCUGAGGCGCAAAAGCGCAGCCCUGGUUGUCCCGCCACAAAUGGAACGACCCGACCACGCAUGAAAUCCGUCGAGAAAAAAAUUACGGGCUCCCUGAUGAACGCCACUAAAUCCAGCUCGGCGAAAAUAGUGCCCAAGGUCAUAAAAGAGUCCCACACCAACAAAUGUCCGAGCAAAAGUAGAACGGCUCGUAACUCGAGUAAAGAGCACGAAGCACCCGCUGAAAUUCCUUUGAUGGAACGUUCUGGGACCUUCUUAAAGGACGAACCCACCUUUGGAGAUAAAACGACUAACAUAGAUAUAGACUAGUAGAAUUUCCCAGGAUGAUGUCCUGAUUUCUUGCUUCAGUAGAAAACUGUCCAUUUAUCUUUAGAUAUAGGAGUGGCACACUCGACUUAGGAGUCGACAUUUUAUUACAAUAGUCACGGCUUAAGUAAUUUAUAUUACCUUUUCAUUUGGCUAGUACUUAUUCUCUUCAUACGUAAGACUCAAAUAGGGUGCAAAUCUAUUUUUAUUAGCUACGGAUAGUUGAACUUAAUGUAGUGAAGUAAGCGUGCCUGUAUUUUGUAAUUAGUAUUGCUCUCACCAUUUACGAAUGUAGACCACGAAUUAUUUAUUGAUGUAACUGUUGCCAUUCGUACAUUUAGUAUUAUUUAUUUUUAAAUUUAGUGUUUAAACACUUGAAUUGAAUGUAUUAGGUUUUUUUUUCUCAUACAUAGAAAUGAAUACAUGUAUAUUUAUUUGGUUGUUAGUUCGUGUUCUAAAAGUACGCGCGUCGUUUGUAUUAUUGAGUUGAAGCUUUGUAGUUGCUGGAUACAUAGGACUGGCAUUUUAUUAUCGAAGUAUAUACAAUAGAUGGCGCGCGAGUCGUACGAAAAAAUAAGUAUUUCAUAUAAAUGUUUAGUCAAAGAGAAGUGUAGCCGACAUUCAGUAAUUUAUAAUUAUUAUUGUAGUACACAUGCUGCUACUAGUAAAAGUAUUUAUUAAUUGUUAAUAUGUUUUAGAUUAAGUGCACACCUAUCAUUUUGAAAUGAUAAGAAAUUCUAUUCUAUGGAUUCGGAACAACUUUUGAGGAAACGUAAAAGUUGAUUUAUAUAUUUAUUAAUUAUAAUUGCUUGCCCGUUGGAUAUAGAUAACAAAAUUGAAGCAAUUAAAUUGUUGAUUUAAAAUUUUACACAACUGUUGAUAUGAUAAACAGAGAAUUGAAAUCUUAACACAAGAAAUCAUUUUGCAGUCUCCGUCUUACAUUGACGAAAUUGUGAAAAGAGAUUUGCGUUGAAACUUUGCCUUGUCUGAACACACAGACAAGUGCGUGUUUUGACUGUAAUUCGUAGCGUCAUGCUUGAGAACUCUGGUAUCCGUGUUGGCGAAUAUUGC